CGAAGCCCGGUGGGCGGAGCCGGCGGCAGUGCUGGAAUGCGGCGGUGGCGGCGGCGGCGACGCGGGCGGCUGCGGCCCAGGUGCUGAUCUCCAGCUGCUCCCCAGUACCAUCCUCCUCCACUCAAAGGCUCAGAGCAGCUUUGGCUCCUUGAGGGCCCUGCAGCCAUGUCCACCUUCCGGCAGGAGAGCGUGGAGGACUUCUACGAGAUGGGUGAAGAGCUGGGCAGCGGGCAGUUCGCCAUCGUCCGCAAGUGCCGGGAGCGGAGGACAGGCCUGGAGUACGCGGCCAAGUUCAUCAAGAAGCGGCGCCUGUCGUCCAGCCGCCGCGGCGUGAGCCGGGAGGAGAUCGAGCGGGAGGUGGACAUCCUGCGGGAGAUCCAGCACCCCAACAUCAUCACCCUGCACGACAUCUUCGAGAACAAGACCGACGUGGUGCUGAUCCUGGAGCUGGUGUCGGGCGGGGAGCUCUUCGAUUUCCUGGCUGAGAAGGAGUCGCUGACGGAGGAGGAGGCCACUCAGUUCCUGAAGCAGAUCCUGGACGGGGUGCACUACCUGCACUCCAAGCGCAUCGCCCACUUCGACUUGAAGCCAGAGAACAUCAUGCUGCUGGACAAGAACGUGCCAAACCCUCGCAUCAAACUCAUCGACUUCGGCAUCGCCCACAAGAUUGAAGCAGGGAAUGAGUUCAAGAACAUAUUUGGCACCCCAGAGUUUGUAGCCCCAGAAAUUGUCAACUAUGAACCCCUGGGGCUGGAGGCUGACAUGUGGAGCAUCGGGGUCAUCACUUACAUCCUGCUGAGUGGAGCCUCCCCCUUCCUGGGGGAAACGAAGCAGGAGACCCUGACCAACAUAUCUGCUGUCAACUACGACUUCGACGAGGAGUACUUCAGCAACACCAGCGAGCUGGCCAAGGACUUCAUCCGCCGCCUGCUGGUCAAGGACCCCAAGAAGCGAAUGACCAUUGCCCAGAGCCUGGAGCACCCUUGGAUUAAGGUGAUCAAGAGGAGGAACGUCCGCAACGAGGACAGCUGCAGGAAGCCGGAGCGGCGGCGGCUGAAGACCACGCGGCUGAAGGAGUACACCAUCAAGUCGCACUCCAGCAUGCCCCCCAACAACACCUACAUCAACUUCGAGCGCUUCUCCAAGGUCAUGGAGGAGGUGGCUGCCGCCGAGGAGAGCCUCCGGGAGCUGGAGAGGAACAAGAAGUCCUUCCAGGAGGACAUCGAGGCCUUGCUGUCCAUCUACGAGGAGAAGGAGGCGUGGUACAAAGAGGAGAACGAGAGCAUCAGCCAGGACCUGCGGCAGAUCCGGCAGGAGCUGCACAAGACGGAGGCCCUGAAGAAGCAGGCGCAGGAGGAGACCAGGAGCGUGGUGCAGGUGGCCAACGGCCUCAAGAGGCGUUACAGGAAGCUGGAGAACCACUACGAGGCGCUGGCCAAGCAGGUGGCCUCGGAGAUGAAGUUCGUGCAGGAGCUGGUGUGGUCCAUCGAGAGGGAGAAGCUGCAGAGCAGCGAGGGGGACGGCAGCAUCCGCUAACCCCCGGCCCCGGCUCGGCGUCUGCCGCCUGGAGGGACCUUGGUGGCUCUGCCCCUUGCUCGCCCGAGGAGCUGGUCCACCGACAGAUGUCCCCAGGCUCUGCUGGGCUCUCUCUGGGGGCUGAUGGCUCCCUGGAGACCCCUGCCUCAGGGGGCUCGAGCUGUGCUGGCCUGGGUUUCGGCUUCCUGCGUGCGGCUCUUGCUUGGCUUCUUGCCCCCCCUGCUCCCCCAAGUUGCUCCUCCCAUCGCCGACGUGGGGCUUGGGGACCAGUUCUCCCCAUGCCACCCUGGGGCCUGGCUCUCGGAGCUGCUGCAGCACUCUGCCUUGAGCCGGGGGGGGGAGGGGGGGGACGGAUCUCGGUGGGGAGACUCCUCCUCUAAACCCUGCCACAUCCGAGCCAUCACCGAGGACCAAUUCCUGCGUGCCCCAAGGUGCCUCAGCCCCACAGCUGCCCCCGGCCGCCCCCCACACUCCCCUGGGGGUGUCACAACCCCCCACCCCCCAGCUCUGGGUCCCACUGGGCACUGCUCCUCUGAACGGUAUAAACACAAUAAAGGUAACAGCUUCCCUGCA